GCUCUCUGGUUAGAGAUUCGAAUUUUAUUUUCAACCGUCAUCAUCCGUGAACUAUUUGAAAUGUUAAGAAAAGCUAUAUAUUUUAUAUCGUAGAGUAUUUUGUAAAGUGGACAACUACAUUUUCAAAAUGAAUCUUAAUUUUCCAGAAGAUGUGUCGUAUAUAAGGUCUAGAGACCCUAGCAUCCAAAAUUUCAAUUGGAAAAAUCUGAAUAAUGUUAGGGUAAAUUUGCAAUUCUCAGUGAAUGAAAAAACUGAUAGGAAAAAAUCCAUUGUUGAGGGAGACAACAGCUGUAUUGUAAAAGAUGAGAUCCCCAUAUAUCUUAGAAUCAAGCCAAGUACGAAUGCAGAAGAUUAUGUAAUUCAUGAAAACCAACUACUUUAUAGAACUUCUGCCAAGAAUAAAGAAGCCAUUUACAAGAGAAUAGAAUUUUCAAAAAUAUUCAAUGUUAAUUCUAGGCAAGUUCAUAUUUUUGAUGAGAUUGUUAAAAUAAGGGUACUGGAAUUUUUGAAUGGAAAAGAUACAACUUUAUUCACAUUCGGUACACCUGGGGCAGGGAAAACUUAUACAACCAUUGGUACUCCGGAAGAACCUGGAUUUUUUCCCAGAACUUUAGAAUAUAUUUUCAAAACUUUGCCAGAAUUACCCGAUGUUGCUUCAGUGAAACCCUCCCCGGAAGGUAAAGUUAUUCGGUUGAAUCCAGAUCAGAAAAGAUUUGAACAGACCUUAAAAGCAAGCAUUCUGAGGUCACAAAGAGCAACUGACAGAUCGAGAAAUAUAAAAUCAUAUCAAGCAAUGCAAGAUAAACUCAGAUGUGAACCUUUCGCUUCUUUAGAACAGUUAUCAGAAGUUUCACUAGGCGUAUGGGUCUCUUUUGUAGAAAUUUCAAAUGAGGAAAUUUAUGAUCUACUUCAAAGAAAUAUUCCCACCAAUGGUGAUAAAAAAAAGCUUCGUCUGGGUAUUUCGAAUGGGAAACCCUACAUCAAAGACCUGACAUACCUCUGUGUUUCAAGCGGAUUGGAAGCUUACCAAGUUUAUCAGUAUGGUGCACAGAAAUUGAAAUGUCCAAAAACUAGCAUGCGGUAUUCUAACCGGUCACAUUCAAUUUUCACAAUUAAAAUAGCUCAUACAUUAGCAAAUAGAGAUACAUCAUUCAUAUCAUGUUUAAAUAUUUGCAAUCUUGCUGGAGCGGAUGGAACUAGGAGGGCUAAUGAUAGGGAUCGAUCAAAAGAAUGUAAUAGUAUUAAUAACUCGCUUUUGGUUCUUGGAAAGUGCAUUAAUAAUCUGGUGAAUUCUCUGAAAAAUCCUAACAUAAAACACAUAAUUCCGUAUAGAGACUCUAAACUCACUCAGUUAUUUCAAAGGGCUUUAUCAGGUUUGGAGGAUUUUUGUAUAAUAGUUAAUAUAAACUCCUCUAAAGAAGCAGCUGAAGAUACACAUAGUGUUCUUAAUUUUUCUGCAUUAACAAAAGACAUCAUAUCGAAAGAAAUGGUAAUGAAAUAUGUCUCAUCUAAUAAGUCUAGAGAUUUCUUUGAAUUCGAUGAAGAAAUAAAGAUGCUAGAAGAAGCCUUGGAUGAAAGAAAAUUCAGUUACGAAGACUUGAAAAGAAAUCGACCCACUAAUUACAAAUUAGAAAAAGAAGCCCUCAUAAAGGGGUGGGAAGAAAUUUUCAACGACUCCAAAGCCUUAUUCCAUAGGAAAAAAAAAUUUUUGCAAGAAGAAUGUGAAGAGUUAUAUCGGUUGGAAUUGCAGAAGAUUGAACAAGAUAUGAAGAGAAAAAUUGAAAAGAACAAAAUGAAAUUGUUGAAGAGAAAAACGGAUGAAGUUAUAGAAUAUCUCAAGAAAAAAUUCGAAGAUAAUGAAAUAGAUUUGAAAAUUUCCAAAGAUAAUAUAAAUCAAUUGGAGAAAAAAUUACAAGAAAUCAAAGAACUGUCACUUGGAAUCGAAAGUAGAAACAAAUUGAUUGUGGAGUAUGAAAGAAUUCUUGAAAAAAUGGAAAUGGAUUCAUUUCUGUUCAAUGAAAUUUGUUGUGAGGGGAAAGACAGCAUAGUUGGGUCAGAUUCUGAAGUUCAUAUAGUAGAAAAUACAGAUGAAAGCAUUGACGAACUGGUUCGAAAAGGUGAAGUGUUGAAUUCAGUUAAUUGUUCUUCAAAUCUAGAUGACAAUUUUUCAACUUCAAAUGGUGUAUCAAAAACUUCUGAAAUUAAUUCUGCUUUAGAACAAACACAAUUCGAUGCACUCUCAAUAAGUGAAAACGAAUGUGAACAGCAGAACAGUAUGAUAGUAGAUCACAAUUCAAGUUUGCUAAAUGAAGGAAGUUCUCUAGAGUUGAUUACUACUCCAGAGCAAACGCAAAAUUGUAGACUAUCGAUAAGUAAAGAUGAAUGUAGACAGCAGAAUAGUGUGAUAGAAGAUUGUAAUUCAAGUUUGAGUUCUCUAGAGUUGAAUAAUACUCGGGAGCAAACUCAAAACAAUAGACUCUCAAUUAGCAAAAAUGAAGAUAGACUGCAGAAUAGUAUGAUAGAAGAUUAUAAUUCAAGUUUGUUGAAUGAAGAGAGUUCUCUAGAGUUGGUUACUACUCUGGAGCAAACGCAAAACGAUAAACUCUCGAUAAGUAAAAAUGAAUCUAGGCAGCAGAAUAGUAUGAUAGAAGAUUGUAAUUCAAGUUUGAGUUCUCUAGAGUUGAAUAAUACUCGGGAGCAAACUCAAAACAAUAGACUCUCAAUUAGCAAAAAUCAAUGUAAACAGCAGAAUAGUAUGGUAGUAGAUUAUAAUACUAGUUUGAUAAACGAAGAGAGCUCACCUGAAUUGGUUACUACUCUGGAGCAAACGCAAAUGGAUAUAUCCUCAUUGAAUAAAGUCGAUUCUGAAGAGGAUGAAACAGAAGCGGAAAAUAUGAAUGAGACAUAUGAUGAAGGUAUAGAUGGGUCAAUUUCAUCAGUAAAUAUAGCUGAAAAUAAUGAAAGAAAUAGCGAGUCCCUAAGUUCAGAUGAUUUGAUUGGAAGUACAGGUGAUUCUUUUAGGCUAACUGUUGGCGGCGCUCUUUUGAGUUGAUUCGAAUUGUUUUUCUUCAAGUAUGAUUUUUUUAAUAUUUUUAUGUGUAUAAUGUGAUAUGUUAAAUAAAAGUUUUAUGUUCUAUCGCAA